UGAGGGACCGACACCACCUGCCGGAGUGAAUGCUGAGGCAUUAUCACCCCUUCGCACGGGGUGUGUGCGUGUAUAUGCGUAUACAUAUGUGUGUACAUGGGUGUGCACACGGGCGUACGUGGGUGUACGUGGGUGUACGUGGAUAUAAUAUAUACAUAAUAACAUGUGCAUGGCUAUACACAUAACCCAUAACAAGGAGCAGCCCACCUUUUGUCCGGCAAAAGCCCCAGGUUGCAAGCAUGCCCAGCCGCCAGACUCACACAAGUGCAGGGCGCCGCGUCAGGAGAUUUCGACCAACAACAUCCCCAGGGAACCGGGCGGCCGGCAGAUCCGCCCGGAAGGGCAAGCCGCGCGCGCUCCGAUCAGCGGAGGUAAAUCCCGACCGUUGGCAGUUGAUUUUCACACCGGUCGUCCCCCUCCUCAUGCGCUCAGGGCGGCGGAGGUGGCCGAAGUGCGCCCCCUCGAUGAAUGUCCCACCAGCCCCAGGGACAAAGAGCCUGCGCCCACGCGUGCCGGAAUUCAUCGUUCCUGCCCGUUAUGGCAACGAUCCUUCAGGGGUGCUAUUGUUUGGGCGAAUGCCCGUCUGCCCGCUGGCGGUGGGGAAUUGGCCUGCCCCGGGGCGGCCCCCUGGCCGGGCCUCCCCCGGCCUCUGGCGUGCUUGGAUGUCCCCCGGCAUAUCCGGUCGAUCACCCAUGCCGAGCGCCUCGAGGCGCUCAGCUCAGGCUCGCCAUUCGAUCGGACCCACAUUGAGGCGAUCGGGUGCCAGGGCGCCGCGUCAGCCUCCCUGAUGCCCGGCGACUUUUCGGUCGGCGCCUCGUGGGUGUCGCCCGAGGGCCCCGAUCGCGCGGCCCGCUUGGCCGGCCCCGGCGGCGGUGGGGUUCAUGGACCAAGGCGGAGCCUCUUGCCGGGUGCCCCGGAGGGCCAGCAAGCCGGAGCCACGCGCACCGCUCGAAUGUCCGCCGGUCCCGCCUCGAGACUCGGGGCCACGGUUGUGGCGCGCCUCCUGGCGGUGGUGAGUCGCCUCCCCUGGCAGACCCGCGGCCGGGCGCGCGACCUUUCGGAUGCUGGCCGAUCUUCGGAGCGAGCCACGCGUGCCGCUGUUUGGGUUCCCGAUGGCUGACAUCCUGUUUCUUUUUUCACGCGCGCGGAGUGCCCUCGGAGUGGUGCGCGAGGUGCAGCCUCACGGCUUUGGGGCUCUAUCUGCGUGUGGCCUGGAGCAUGCGCUCGUAUCUGGCGUGGUCCACAGCCCCGAGGCAUAAAAUGUUGUGGUGCUGCAGGGGGGGGGGGUGCUACAGCGUUCGUGUCCAGAAGGCGAGAGGGUGCCCCCAUCGGAGAGGCAGGGAGGACAGGCACAUCGGCGUCGGCCAUGCCCGAGCCCGUUUGCCCGGCUGCCGGCGACCGCUGGUCGUGAGCAGGAUGGAAUUCCCGACAUCUCCGCCCGCCCCAGGGCGAAUCCCUGCCCACAAAAACCCACCAGGUCGAUGGCAACCGCCGGGGCACUUGGUAUUGGUAGCUUGCCGGCUAUGGGAGGGGCCGGAGCUCCGCGGAUCGUGUGCGCCUUCCUUGCCAGGCAUUGGUGGGCCGGCGGAUGGACAGGAACAGCGGCGAGCCCAGCGGACCCGGGAGAGAGGCCGAGUGGGGGCGAGCGAAGGCGCGAGACGGGGAAUGUGCAAGGGAGAGCCCGAAGACGGGAGGAGCUCAAAAGAGGGAGGAAACAGACGACCGCCAUACAUGCAGGUGGUGGGGGGCAAAAGCCGGGCGAAAGAGAGGGUGGUGCUGGAGGAAGAGCCAUUCCCG